CAAAAGUCCCUUCUUUGUUUCGCGCUGCUGCUUGCAUGGCUGAAUGGGAAUCUGGUAGCCCAAAAGCAGCCCUGAUGCCUUCUCCAGCCUCUCCUCCACGUGGUGAAGUGGAAGGAGCCGCCAUGAAGCCAGCGCAGGGUCAAGUGUCCUUCGAAGAGGUGGCUGUGCAUUUCUCCAUGGGGGAGUGGAGCCUGCUGAGCCCGGCCCAGAGAUCUCUGUACAAGGAAGUCAUGCUGGAGAAUUUUGGGAACGUGGCCUCUCUGGGAACUCUGAUUGCCAAACCGGACCUCAUAUCCAGGCUGGAGGAAGAGGAGGAGCUACUUAUCGGGUUCUCUGAUGAAGAGGAGAAGGGAGUGGCCGGUGCCUGCCUAGAUGGUGUGUGGGAGGUGGCAACUGAAUAUCCAGUGAUGGAGAGAGAAUACACGUAUUCCGAUGUGGAAGAGAACAUUGAAUAUUGUGGUGCGCUGAGUGUGGUGGAGGGAACAAACCCACUUAAUGAGAGGGAAAAUUGUGAUGUUUUCCAAGGUGACAAUUCUCAAGAAAUGCCACCCCUUCAGAAAAUGUCCAAAGGAGACAAUAGAGAAGAGUGCCCUGGAAGUGCAGAAGGACUUUCUGAAACAGCAGAUACAACUAUACAAUGGAACACCCAUAAUACAAGGGGAAUAUUUACAUGCCUGGCGUGUGGAAAAGGCUUCCCAUGGAGUGGAAGCCUUAUAGCCCAUCAAAGAAUUCACACAGGGGAGAAACCAUAUAAAUGCCUGGAGUGUGGAAAAUGCUUCAGUCAGAGGGGAAACCUUACUGCCCACCAAAGAAUUCACACAGGGGAGAAACCAUAUAUAUGCCUGGAAUGUGGAAAAGGCUUCAUACAGAGUACACAGCUAACCGCCCAUCGCAGAAUUCACACAGGGGAGAAACCAUAUAAAUGCCUGGAGUGUGGAAAAUGCUUCAGACACACAGGAAACCUUACUUCCCACCGAAGAACUCACACAGAGGAGAAUCCAUAUAAAUGCCUGGAGUGUGGAAAAGGCUUCAAACGGCGUGGACACCUAACCGCCCACUGCAGAAUUCACAUAGGAGAGAAACCAUAUAAAUGCCUGGAGUGUGGAAAAGGCUUCAGCGAGAGUGGAAGCCUUACUGCCCACCGAAGAACUCACACAGGGGAGAAUCCAUAUAAAUGCCUGGAGUGUGGAAAAGGCUUCAAUCAGAGUGGAAGCCUUACUGCCCACCGAAGGAUUCACACAGGGGAGAAACCAUAUAAAUGCCUGGAGUGUGGAAAAGACUUCAGACGGAGUGGACACCUAACCACCCACCGCAGAAUUCACACAGGGGAGAAACCAUAUAAAUGUCUCGAGUGUGGAAAAGGCUUCAAUGAGAGUGGAAGUCUUACUGUCCAUCAAAGAAUUCACGUGGGGGAGAAACCAUAUAAAUGCCUGGAGUGUGGAAAAGGCUUCAGUCAGAGAAGCAAACUUACUUCCCACCAAAGAAUUCACACAGGGAGAAACUGUACAAAUGCCUGGAGUGUGGAAAAGGCUUCAGUCAGAGUGGAAGCCUUACUGCCCACCAAAGCAUUCACAUGAAAGAGAAACCAUAAAUUUCUGAAAUGUUGAAAAGCCUUUGGAUGGAAAGAUCCUCUAACUUCCCGUCACAGAAUUCACAUGGGAGAAAUCAUUUAAGGGUCUGGAAUGAGGAAAAAGCUUCAGUGACUUUAAAAGCCUUAUUUUCCACCAAAAAAUUCUCAGAGGGAAUAAAAAAUAUAAAUGCCUGGAGUGUGGGAAAAUCUUCAGUUUGAGUAUACACCUUACUUCUCACUGAAGAAUUCACACAGGGGAGAAACUUUAUCAGAGAUCUGUGUUUGCUGGGGGAGUCCAGACAUUGCCUAGGAUUCUGCCAGUCAGUUAAAGUCUGUUUUUUCUUCAUAUAAUUAGUAAAGUUUAGGAAAUUAUUUUUAUUGCAUGUGGGUUUUUUGUGAUGAUAGGCUUAAUUGGCAUCUGUUUGUACCUGUCAAGUUCUUGCCUAAUGAA